AUGGAAUCUGAAUCUCCCAGGACCCCACCGAGAUCGACUGCAAGUAGAUUAGGAACAAGUUCCAAAAUACCUUCACCAAAUGGACCCAGUUCCCCAAAGUUCAAGAAGAGAAGCGCUUCGCCGAGGCCGCCCUCUGUCAGCGCUUCUGAACAUCAGUCUAUGGUAGCACACACAAAGAAGCAAAACGGCGGUAGCGAAGGAUCCUCACACAUGACUGCAUUUUACCGGGAGAACAUAAAACAGCUCAACCAGCUUCAAGACAUAAUGUUUCGGAAAAAGUCAAAACUGGACUCUGUAAAAGACGAACUGUUUGAGGGCAAAGAACAGUUCAAAUCACUAAUGUUAAAAUUAGAGACUUUGAAAGAGGAGAAACAUGUUAAGCUUCAGCAAUUCAAGUUGAAGCACAACGAUUUGAAAAAACUGGGCGACGAGCAUUCGACGCGCGAAAAGUUCAUGAUAAAGGGCUACGACUUAGAAAUCCAACAAUUGCGUGCUAAAAGCACUGCAGAACUCAAUGCUAUGGAAGGUGACUACAGGCGCCAGUUAGAAAACCUGAGGUUUGCGAAGGUUCGGAAACUCGAAAAUUCCCUCGAUGAACUGCGGCGCGAUAUCAGCAAAGCAAGAGGCAGUAUUGCCAAUAACAAAGAAAAUUUUGAAUCACAAUUGAAUGAAUGCGAGGUGCGGCACAAUUAUAGGAAAGAAGAGUGGUUACGAACUCACCAGAAGGAGUUAAACGCGCUAAUAGAAGAAAGUAGCACACUCAAUCGCGAGUCUGAGAAGUUACAAGCUGUGCUAGACAAUGAACUUAAGGCCAAACUUCUCAAGAAGAAUGAAGAAAUAGAAGUUCUAAAUUCGAAACUCCUUGGGUUUCAGGAGCAGCUGGAGCAAUCACGCUUAGGGAACAGGCAACUCGAAGAUGAGAUCAGUAAGUACACCUCAGAAACUAUUCAAUCAUUGGCGAAGCGAGAUGAGCUAGGACACUAUGUUUCUUCCUCGACCUAUGAGCUUCAACAGAUUGGGGAGAUUCUUUUGAAAGAAGAAACAAUGAGACGAAAGCUUCAUAAUGAAUUACAAGAGCUCCGUGGGAACAUUCGAGUGUUUUGUCGGCUGAGACCUGCUCUGGAAAACGAGAAUUAUUCCUCCUCUAGUAUUGAGAUUGAAAAAUUCAGUGACGAAACUGGGAUGCAAAGUAUAACUAUAAAGCGGGAUUCGAAACAGCACAAAUUUACCUUUGAUAGAUGCUUCAGCGCACAAGAAACGAAUGGCGAUGUAUUCAGCGAAAUUGGCCAGCUAAUACAAAGCUCAUUAGAUGGUUACAAUGUUUGUAUAUUUGCUUAUGGACAAACUGGUUCGGGAAAAACCUUCACAAUGCUUAAUCCGAAUGAUGGAAUCAUUCCAUCGACAUUAAACCAUAUCUUUUUGUGGGUGGAAAAGCUAAAAGAGCUGGGCUGGGUCUAUGAAAUUACCAGCCAGUUUGUCGAAAUUUACAACGAAAACAUAAAAGAUCUCUUCAAAGAGAACGAUGCCGACGUCGACGACACUGGUGAAAGCCUUAAGUUUGAAAUUCGGCACGAUAAUGAGUCUCGCACGACGCAUAUAACCAACAUCACUGUCUGCAAGUUGACCAGUAGAGAAAUGGUGAACAGGAUGUUGAGACGGGCACUGAAAAUGAGGUCCACAGCAGCUACCGUUGCAAAUUCACGCUCUUCAAGGUCCCAUAGCGUUUUCAUCAUAAAACUCGAUGGCUAUAACACCAUUUCAGGCGAGAAGUCAACAGGAACACUAAACCUAGUUGAUUUGGCUGGCUCGGAAAGAAUUCAUUCUUUACAACCUCAAGCAGAGAGGCUUCGCGAGACUCAAAACAUCAAUAAGUCACUAAGUUGUUUAGGAGACGUGAUACAUGCUUUGGGUAGCGCAGAUGCUUCCAAAAGACACAUUCCUUUUAGAAACUCUAAGUUGACUUACCUGCUGCAAUAUUCCUUGAUGGGCGAUUCCAAGACUUUGAUGUUCGUUAAUGUGUCGCCAUGUGCUAAUAGCAUGCUCGAAACUCUCAAUUCUUUGAGGUUUGCUGCCAAAGUUAAUUCCACCAAAAUGGCCAAAAGGAAUUAA